AUGUUCAACAAAUUUCCCCUGCAGUUUCUCUUAUUCUUCAUGAUUAUCUCAUGUCUUCUUCUUUCAUCUUCUUCAAGAAGAAUUUUGUCAAAGGAUGAGAAAUCCUCCCCAAUGCAAACUAAACUAGCUAAGGAAAGUGCUAUUGGACCAAUAAAAGGUGAAGAUUUGGAAAUGGAUGAUUAUCCAGGGACAGGAGCAAACAAUCACCAUGACCCUAAUGCACCAGGAAGAGUUUGA